UCUUACAUUCUUCUCGUCCUCACCCAAAACCAAACAAAAUCCCCAAAAGAGGAAGAGAAGCAAACUUGUUCUGCUAUUCUUCCUAACGAGAACGAAUCCUAUUUUCUCUGGAAAAUAAUAUUUUUGUUUUCUUUCCAGCCAAACACCCUUAAAUUUUACUGUAAUUUGAAAGAAAAACAAAAUGUCUGAUGCGUUUUGCUCCGAUUGCAAGCGCCAGACAGAGGUGGUGUUCGACCACUCGGCUGGGGACACCGUUUGUUCCGAGUGUGGACUCGUGCUUGAGUCUCACUCCAUUGAUGAGACCUCCGAGUGGCGUACUUUCGCUAACGAGUCCGGAGAUAACGAUCCGGUCCGUGUUGGUGGCCCUACGAACCCUCUCCUCGCGGAUGGUGGGUUGUCCACUGUCAUCGCCAAGCCCAACGGUGCUAGCGGCGAGUUCUUGUCUUCGUCUCUGGGCCGGUGGCAGAAUCGUGGGUCUAAUCCGGAUCGGGGUUUGAUUCAGGCGUUUAAGACCAUUGCUACCAUGUCUGAUAGGUUGGGCCUUGUAGCAACCAUCAAGGAUCGAGCAAAUGAGAUUUAUAAGAGGGUCGAGGAUCAGAAAUCCAGCAGGGGAAGGAAUCAGGAUGCGUUGUUGGCGGCUUGCCUAUACAUCGCUUGUCGACAAGAAGACAAACCACGAACUGUAAAGGAAAUUUGCUCUGUCGCCAAUGGAGCCACAAAGAAGGAAAUUGGCCGAGCAAAAGAAUACAUUGUGAAACAGCUGGGGUUGGAGAAGGGUCAGACAGUGGAGAUGGGGACAAUACAUGCUGGGGACUUCAUGCGGCGAUUCUGUUCCAAUCUUGGUAUGAACAACCAAGCUGUUAAAGCUGCCCAAGAAGCCGUGCAGAAGUCGGAAGAAUUUGAUAUAAGGAGGAGCCCUAUAUCUAUUGCAGCAGCUGUUAUUUACAUUAUAACUCAGCUCUCCGAUGAUAAGAAGCCUCUCAAAGAUAUCUCUGUUGCUACCGGCGUAGCAGAAGGAACAAUCAGAAAUUCGUACAAAGAUCUGUAUCCCCAUGUAUCGAAGAUCAUACCAAGCUGGUAUGCCAAGGAAGAGGAUCUCAAGAACCUCUGCAGCCCUUAGUUGUAAAAGAGCUCAAAAAUGAUGCGGGAAUAUACAGAUGACUCUGAAUAGUUUUUGGAGAGUUGAACUGUUUUGAUUGUAGUGAAACGUUCAACAUACAGUGCAAAAUGCUUUUAAUCUGUCUUUAUAGUUAUCUUACUGCUUUUUCCAUAGUAAUUUUACCGCUGAUAAUUUUACUAUAUGCUUGAAACUAGCAACAAUAAUUCAAUAUAUUUAUUUUUUAUUUGAUGCACCAAA